CUCGCGCCCGCCGCCGCCGCUGCCGCCGCCUCUUCGGGAGUGGGUGCGGGUCCGGGUGCAGGAUGGAGCCCCCGCAUCGCCCCGCAACGCCCCUUCCCCUCCUGCUGCUGCUGCUGCCGCCGCUGCUGCUACCGCCCCCUGCCGUCCGGGGCAAGUACGUGCGGGGCAACAUCAGCUCCAAGGAGGACUGGGUGUUCCUGACACGGUUCUGCUUUCUCUCUGACUAUGGGCGCCUAGACUUCCGCUUCCGUUACCCUGAGGCCAAGUGCUGUGAGAACAUCCUGCUGUAUUUUGAUGACCCUUCCCAGUGGCCGGCCGUAUACAAAGCAGGGGACAAGGACUGUGUGGCCAAGGAGUCGGUGAUCCGCCCGGAGAACAACCAGGUUAUCAACCUCACCACCCAGUACGCCUGGUCCGGCUGUCAGGUGGUGCCCGAGGGGGGAACCCGCUACCUGAGCUGCUCCAGUGGCCGCAGCUUCCGCUCGGUUCGGGAGAGAUGGUGGUACAUCGCCCUCAGCAAAUGUGGGGGGGACGGGCUGCAGUUGGAGUAUGAAAUGAUUCUCACCAACGGCAAAUCCUUCUGGACCAGGCACUUUUCUGCGGAUGAAUUUGGGAUCCUAGAGACGGAUGUGACCUUCCUCCUCAUCUUCAUCCUCAUCUUUCUCCUCUCCUGUUACUUUGGCUACUUGCUGAAGGGCCGGCAGCUGCUGCAUACGACCUACAAGAUGUUCAUGGCUGCAGCUGGAGUGGAGGUCCUGAGCCUCUUGUUCUUCUGCAUCUACUGGGGUCAGUACGCCACUGACGGCAUCGGCAACCGCAGCUUCAAGAUCCUAGCAAAGCUGCUCUUCUCCGUCAGUUUCCUCAUCUUUCUGCUGAUGCUCAUCCUGCUGGGGAAGGGCUUCACCGUCACACGAGGCCGGAUCAGCCACUCAGGCUCGGUGAAACUGUCCAUCUACAUGACCCUGUACACCCUCACCCACAUCGUGCUGCUCAUCUACGAGGCGGAGUUCUUUGACCCAGCCCAGGUGCUCUACACGUACGAGUCUCCGGCGGGCUACGGGCUGAUCGGGCUGCAGGUGGUGGCCUAUGUGUGGUUCUGCUACGCCGUCCUUGUCUCCCUGCGCCACUUCCCUGAGAAGCAGCCCUUCUACGGGCCGUUCUUUGCCGCUUACACCCUCUGGUUUUUGCGGUCCCGGUCAUGGCGCCUCAUCGCCAACUUCGGCAUUCCGAAGUGGGCAAGGGAGAAGAUCGUGAAUGGCAUCCAGCUCGGCAUUCACCUCUACGCCCAUGGGGUGUUCUUGAUGAUGACCCGGCCGUCGGCGGCCAACAAGAACUUCCCCUACCACGUGCGGACGUCGCAGAUCGGGUCGGCGGGAGGGCCGGGCCCCGGGGCCGGCGGCGCCGCCCAGGCCGGAGGCAAGGCCUUCCCCCAGCACGUCUACGGCAACGUCACCUUCAUCAGCGACUCCGUCCCCAACUUCACCGAGCUCUUCUCCAUCCCCCCGCCCGCCGGGGGCGUGGCCAGUGCCGGGAAGCAGGUGGAGGAGACGGCGGCGGUGGCGGCCCAGAGGGGCCGGGUGGUGACCGCGGCGGAGCCUGGCAGCCCCCCCCCCCACCCACCCCGCCUGUUCCCCCCCUGCCCCUUCCCAAAGGGCCAGCGGGGGGGGCGAGAGGGCCCCCCUCCCUACCAGCUGCACGCCCCCCAGAUCCACCAGCAGCAGCAGCAGCCGCCAACGCAGCUGUCACCCGCCAAUGGCUUCACCGAGUACUUCAGCAUGCACACGGCGGGGGCGGGGCCGGGGCCGGGGCCGGGGCCGGGGCCGAGGCCGCCCCUCCUCUGAGCCGCCCACCCCCGGGCCCUCGGGAAGAGGCGAGGAGGCCGGUCCUCGUUCGAGGCCUCGGGAUCCUCUCCGUAUCCAUAGAGACCUGCCC